AUGGCUGUUGAAGGCCAUAGACCAGAGCCCGUUGCGGUGGAGGACUUUAUCGAAAACGCAUUCCUCUCAUAUAUGGUUCCCAAAGCAACAAGUCUCGAUCUCGAAGAAGCUUUCAAGGACGUCGACGACACCAAAGCCUUGUUUGACUCUAUUGAGCGAAGAGACAGCCUCUUCUUCGAUGAAACUGUUGAAGUGCUUCUUAUACUGAGAGCUCCUCUGGUGGAUGAAAAGACUCUGCGCUCUCAUUUCAGCCGGCUAGUUAUCUCAUUGGAGACCCAGAUCAUCAACAGCCAUGCCGUAGACCGCGACCAUCCUUCGACGGACAUCAUAUUCCAAGGAUCCGUCGAGGACACCUCCGACCCCUUUAUCGUGGUAGAUGACCCUGAAGACGGAAGUGAGAACAGCAAUAAGGAGGAACCCCAAGCGGAGUCCCUAAAGAGGCCACCGCAUAUCUAUGCCGUCUGGAAGCUCCCUGUCUUCCUCGCCCGCCCUCGUAUCCGCCUCCAGGGUCCUUACGCGGUCUUCUCCGCCUCUGCCUGCCUCAAGCCUGCUUCAGGAGUCGUCUCCGGAACCUCUACGCCGGAACGUCUUAAUGGACGUAGCAGGAACAGCGGAGCCUACCUACAAUCAGGCGUGGCCUCGGGCUUCAACCUCCUGGAGCCCUUCGGCAAUGACCCGGCCCUGGGCGGUGUCGUCCCUCGGCUUUCCGCCCUUCGCGUCUCCCGUGUUGCACCCGUCACUCAGCCCAAAGAUCAGAUGCGGCCCCUUCGCGCCCUCAACAGCCUACGCGUCCGCAUAUUCCCAGCAGUGCACACCCGCGUCCGGUUCUCCCGCCCAAAUACGAUGCCCACAUCUCCGGCUCUAAUAGCACUCUUGGAAGUUGAUUUCACAUCUUACUUCGACUGCGCCAUCGAUCUGACCAGCAUCAAACUCACCGUCGCCGACGGCGGCUUGGUGGAGGACCUCAAUGCCCCAGCAGCUUCCGGCCUCUCCCUUCCCAUGUCCUGUGUGCCACACGAUCAUGUAACUUUCCUCUACCGCCUCUCCCCACCGCAGCAGCUUGACCUUCCUUCCUCCAAGAAUCCGAGCCGCGACCUCGACAUCCAAAUCGAGGCCGUCGUCCAGAAGGAGCCCCCUGUCUGUACCCCUCGGCUAAACAUGAAAUGGUCCACGACCCUAGACUUCACCCUCCCCGUCAACCCAGGCUUCAACGCGGCGAUGCAGCCGAUGCAACCAAUUCAGCGCUCACACCGUCCCUCGCAGCUGUCUAUAAGCGGCAUCGAGGCUGCGCAGUCCCUCGUCGCCCCAGCAGUCAGCAGGCCUGACUCUCUCCCUUCCCUCGAGGCCGCAACCCGUACAGUCGAGGCACCGCUGCCGGAGCUGGGCAUAACCAUGACCUUCUGCAGUCCCCCGGGGCCCAUCUACGCAGGUGAGGUCUUUUCAUGGACGGUAUACGUAGUGAACCGGAGCGCAGAGAAGCCCAAUGCGCCUGUUGUCCCCCCGCGCAAGCUCGCUCUUGUCGCGCUCCCCAAACGCAGACGUAACGAUGUCCGCCUCAUGCGGCCGCCCUCCACGAGCGGAAUAGGCAGGACGGCGGCGGACGGCAGGGAGCUCGCCGACGCAGUGCUGGACGAGAACGUCCUCCAUGCGAUGCAGCGCAACUCUCUUGUUGAGCCGACCGAGGUCGUCUGUCUGACAGCUGACACGAGGGUUGGUCCUCUCGCUCCUGGCGCGUGCCACGUCGUCGAUCUUGAGUUCCUGCCCUUGAAAGAGGGUAUUGUAGGCAUCGAGGCCGUCAGAAUCAUCGAUCUAGGAUCGCAGGAGCAUGUGGACGUGAGGGAACUCCCCAUCAUAUUUGUAGAGAAGCGGCCAGCGGAAGAAAAGCCAGAAGAAAAAAGGGCCGAAGAGGGAAAGGAGGAGGUGGGGAACUCGGAUGAGGGUGAAGACAAGACAGAAUAG